AGAUAUGAACAAGAUUCUCAUGGCUUCUGCAAUUUCAAGGAUGGAGUUGACUGAUGAAAUGAAAGCCGACCUUGGAAAGGAAGGUUCAAUAGAGGCCCUUGUGAAAAUGUUCAACUCUGGUAAAAUGGAAGCAAAGUUGUCUGCUCUAAAUGCCAUAAGGAAUCUCUCUUGUUUGAAAGAGAACAAUGAACGCCUCAUCAAUUCGGGAGUCAUAUCGAAUCUGCUUCAGGUCCUCUUCUCCGUCACCUCCGUCCUAAUGACUCUGAGAGAACCAGCUUCUGCCAUACUCGCAAGCUUGGCGAAAUCUGAAAUCAUUCUUCAGAGGAAAGAUACAGCUCAGCAGAUGCUCUCACUUCUUAAUCUAUCCAGUCCAGAGAUCCAAUUACACCUUCUAAAUGCUCUGAAUAGCAUGGCUGGCCAUUCCGGAGCUAAAAGAAUAAGAGCUAAAAUGAAAGAAAAUGGAGCAAUGCAGCUACUCGUGCCUUUCCUGUUCAACACCAAUGAUGAAAUCAGGAUUGCUGCCUUGAUCUUGCUGUUUAAUCUAUCCACAUAUUUUGCAGAUGAGUUGAGUGGGCAGUCAGGAGAGAACUAUCUCAUUGUUAUGGUAGACAUAAUCUCAAAGGCAUCAUCUGAGAUGGAAAAGGCUGCUGCUUUAGGCAUUAUCAGCAACACCCCUGUGAGCGACAAGAAGGCAACUCAACUUCUCAUGAAUGCAAAUUUACUUCCUUUGCUGGUCACUUUAACUGGCACAAUCAUCACAGCUCCCUCAACCCCAACGAGGAAAUGGUUACUGGACAGCAUCGCCACUGUGAUGCUUCGAUUCACAGUUCCCUCGGAUAAGAAAUUGCAGAAAGUAUCUGCAUCCCAAGGAAUAAUUCCCUGUCUUGUGAAACUUCUGUCAGCCAAUUCCAUUGUUGCCAACUCCAGAGCAGCAAAUUCCUUGGCUCAACUAUCUCAGAAUACUCUUUUCUUAAGCAAAGUAAAGUCAUCAAGGUGGUUCUGCGUUCCUCCUCCUGCAGAAAAACUGUGUGGUGUGCACAAAGGCCUCUGCGUUGUCAAAAGCACAUUUUGCCUUGUAAAGGCGGGAGCUUUAUCUCCUCUUGUACAAAUACUGGAGGGUAAGGAAAGGGAAGCUGAUGAAACUGUACUUGGCGCACUCUCAACUCUGUUGCAGGAUCCAAUCUUUGAGAGUGGCAGUGAUGUCAUAGAGGAGGCAUCAGGAGUGCAGGCUGUCAUAAGGAUUCUGGAAGUUGGGAGCUUGAAAGCUCAGGAGAAAGCAGUCUGGAUGCUGGAGAGGAUUUUCAGAGUUGGAGCUCACAGAAGCAAAUAUGGUGAAGCUGCUCAGCAUCUACUCAUUGAGCUUGCUCAGAAAGGAGAUCCAAUCCUGAAGCCAAUGAUUGCUAAAAUAUUAGCGCAUCUUCAACUGUUGGAAAUGCAGUCGAGCUUUUUUUGAGAAUUUUUCUUAGGAAAUGUGUAAAAUUUGUGCAGGUCAUUAUUUUGUCCAAAGCAUUUGUAUGGGAGAUUAGAAUAUAGGUUUGUUCAUAACAAAUUCUUGUUUUUUUUUGUGAGAGUGUAAAGAGAAAUUUGCUUUCAUGUAUCGUUUAUGUAAUGAAAAUACUCAACUUUUGAGCUGUGUAGAA